GACUUGAACAACGGUAUUUUGUAAAUGCCACAGCUUGUUUUUAGCACAUCAGCAUAAUGAUAUUUCCAUGACAUUAAUGAAAUAUUUUGCAUUUAUUUUCAGUGAAAGUGGCUUUCUGCACUGACUCUGGUUGAUCACCAUGAGACAAGCUAUGGAGGAUGGUGUCAGUGAAGUGCUGUCCAAUGUGGUCGAGGACGUUGGUCAGGCCAUGGACAGAAACAUCAGCGGAGCUCACAUCCUCCACGAGCUACUGAGUGCCCCGUGGCUGCGCGCGGUGCUGAAGAUGUAUGAGUGCCUGUUGCAGUUCCAGAGGUUGACACCGAGCCCCUUUCUGCCUUAUGCCUCAGGACUUUCACAUGAGAUCAUGUCUGGGAUACAGAAGGUCCACCGUCCCUCAGCUGAAGCUCGAGAGCUCUACAGCCUCCUCAGCUCACCUCACAUCCAGGCCCUCCUAUCAUCUCACGACAGUGUAGCUCAGUCAGACUACGGACCUGUGUUACCCCCGCUGCCUGAUGAGAUGCCUGAGGAUGAGGAGGCCAUGAGGAUCGUCUGUCUGGUGAAGAACAACCAGCCGCUGGGGGCGACUAUAAGGAAGGACGAGGAGACUGGAGAAAUCUACAUUGCCAGAGUGAUUCAUGGAGGACUGGCUGACCGCAGCGGACUUCUUCAUCCUGGUGACAUGUUAGUCGAGGUAAACGGGAACCCUGUGGUGGGACUGGAGCCGGAGCAGGUCAUACAGAUACUGAUUAACUCUCGUGGAACCAUCCUGUUUAAAGUCAUUCCAAAUGCAGCUCAGAGCAGCAGCAGCCACAAAUCGGUGUACAUGAAGGCGAUGGUGGACUACUGCCCCCUGCAGGACUCCUCCAUCCCGUGUGCCAAUGCAGGGAUGGCGUUCAGCAGAGGAGACCUACUGGAGGUGGUCGAUCAGUCGGACGCUCAGUGGUGGCAGGCCAGGAAGAUGCCCUGUUCUGUUUCCUGUGCCGGUCUGAUCCCCUCCGCCAGCAUGCUGAAGAGUAAACAGAGGGAACAGUGGUGGUGUCAGCCGUUACAGGUUCAUACCUGCAUCAGACCCUUGACUCUGCCCGAUGAUGAGGACGACCGAGCACAUCCUGACGACAGACUCGUCCUCACAGGUAAAUCCUGUCUGACACAAAGAUACAAACUCUGGUUUCCGGCGGAGUUUCCGCUGUGGAGGAGGACAUCUUUCAGGAGGAGGCGACAGUCCUGCACCUCCUGCUCGCCAAACAGCAGCGCUCUGUCCACGCCGUACGAGGAGGUGGCUCUGUACCAGCGCCCCCCGCAGGAGAACCACCGCCUCAUCAUCCUCAUUGGAGCUUCGGGGGUUGGAGUCUCUGAAGUGAGGAUGAGACUCAUCAAACACAACCCAACACAAUUCCAGGGACCCAUUCCUCACACGACUCGUCCAAUCAGAGUAGGCGAGCAACCAGGAAGAGAUUACCACUUUGUCACCAAAGAGCUGUUUGAGUACAUGGUCUGUAACAACAGGUUGGUAGAGUACGGCGAGUUUAGGGGUCACCUGUACGGGACCAGCACUGAUGCUAUCGAUGAUGUGCUGAGAAGAGGACGGAUGUGCAUCAUCGAUGUUGAACCACACAGCAUUCAGGUGCUGAGGACGAGGAAAUUGAAGCCUUACGUGGUCUUCAUUAAACCUCCGAGUCCGGACAGACUGAGACAAACCCGCAGAGACGCCCGAAUCAUCACCAACAUCACCGCCAACAGAGCCUUCACUGAGGAGGACUUUGUGGAUCUGGAGGACUCGUCCCGGCUGAUUGAAGCGAAGUACAAACAGUUCUUUGACGGCGUGCUGGUGAACGAAGUCCUGCAGGACACCUGCAUGCAGCUCUGCUCUAUCAUCCAGGAGGCGCAGGAGGAGCCACAGUGGAUACCUGUCAGCUGGAGCCGGGCCGAGGAGUAGACGAGAGGAGGAGACAAGGAGAGGAGGAGACGAGAGGGGAAGAGGAGGAGACGAGACGAGGAGACGAG